AAAGAGUCCAGUUAUUUUAAUUAUCCAGUACAGCAGAAGAGAGGCUUAACUUGUUUAUUCUAGAUAAGAAGAGUAGUUGAUUUGAGAGGGCUUGGUAAUAUUUAUUCCAUUUCCAUUUCUCUCCCAUAUUUGUGCGAGCACGUGUGUGUGUAAAUAAGUUACCUAUUUUCUUAAAAAUUCUCCUUUUGAGUAGGGAGGAUGGGUGUUUUAAAGCUUUUUCUCUGAAGUCUUGGCUCCUGAUCAAUUUUUAAUGAUGCCAUCUUACAUAUUUUUCCUCCUGCUCUUUAAUGCCUUUUAUUUAUGGAUAUAUAAGCAUUAUUAGCCACAGAAUUGUGGCCCCCAUUUCAGAUUUUUAUUGAUACAGAAAACUCUAUUUUUUGAGAAGAGCAAAUUGCAUACAAUAACUUAUUUGUACUGGUAAACACUUUUAGACUAUCAAUAUUAAUAAGAAACAAGGUCCUAAAUUUCCAGGCUCCCUAAAUCAAGAUAAAGAACUAAAAAUAAUGUCGACUAUGAAAAUCAUUGUUUGGAAAUCGUCUCUUUUUUUUUUUUAACGUCUUCUGGUGUCUUCAUUAUAAGAAAAUAAAUGAGAUUUCAAGUCUUCCCCGCCUCCAGUAUCAUGUCCUAUAACUGAACAUUACACCUUUUUAAUGUUUUCUUUAGAAGCCCUGAUUUGGCUUUGGUUUAUGUUGAUACAUGUCCAUGGUUAUUAAAAUUUCUGAUUAUUUAGGACAUAAUUUUUAAGGUAUCUUUGGGGUGUACACUCUAUAGUACUUAACAUCUUACUCAGGUUAUGACUUUGAACUGCAUCAUUAUAACACUAAAAAGCAACCUUGGCGAACUUCAGUACCUUAUGUAACAUAAGAAAUAAAGAAUAACUUGAACUUAAAACACUUUUUAUAUGUUUACUUCAGGUAUUCUGAAGGGUUUUUAGUACAAAGAUAAAAACAUGCGUUGGAAUGCAUUAACAUUCCAACUUACGUAAGUGGUGUAGAUACCUAUGGCAUUAGUACCACAUUUUGAUGGUUGGACCACCCACCAAAUUCCCUUCUCUCCUUUUUUACUUCUUUUUAUUUCUGUUUACUUUCAUUGCAAGUUUCCUUCCGCAUCCUUCUUUCCCACCUACAAUUUGUAACUGAAAGAAAGAAGUAGCUACAGACCUUACCUAACAUACUCUUAACCUACUUGGUAGGUAGGAUUCAGAUGCAAGGGAGUGGCUCGAAUAAAGGAUUUUAGUCAUGCCUUUUAGAAAUUAGGGAGCAAGAGAUACAUAGAAAAAUUAGAAAUGUCUCUUCUACCUUUAUCUAUUAAGGUUACCUUUGAGAAAUAUGAAGAAGGGCAGGAAGACGGAAAAACGAACAGAACUUCUGCUGGAAUAUUGUGACAGAUUUACUGACAAAUAUUUUCUAACAGAUUUUUACCAACAGGCAGUUUUUGUUUUCUUUACUGACAGACCGUAAAUGUACUUCUGGUUGGCAGCAGCUGCAUCAUUAUAACACUAAAAAGCAACCUUGGCUAACUUCAGUACCUUAUGUAACAUAAAAAAUAAAGAAUAACUUGAAUUUAACAUACUUUUUAUAUGUUUACUAACAAUAAACUAUUUUCAAUGCAGGAAAUAAAUAUUUCCCCAAAGAGGAAUGCCCCCUCAAUUACUUUCUUUUAGACUUAACACAUUGGAGUAGAUGUGGUUUUGCUCAUUCUUUUAUCUGCUGGCAACUAUUUUAAGUCUCCUGUGUAAGGCAGAUUCCGAUGACCUCGGGAAAGUCACAGGACCUCAGUUUCUUCAAUGGUAAAAGCAAAGGCAGUGGUUUCUACGGUCCUUUCUCACUGCACCAUUCACCGUCGGUGCCCUCAUGAGAAACACACCCAAAGCCCAGUGUGCUCUACCCCAAAACUUGUGAAAUUUCUAGAGUCUCAAAAAAGUGAAUAUGUUUAAGGCAGUAUAAUAAAAGCCAGGUGGCCGACAGUUCCUAAAGUUAGGCUGGUAGUGGCGUGAACAGGGGUCUUUUGGGCCACCCUGAGACCCGCCCCAUGGGGCUUCUCGUUCCGCGUCUUGGCUUCUCGCUCCACUUCCACAGAACGUACUGAAUCAGGGGCCUGCAUCCCCGUGCCGUGCCGAGCCGACGGAGAAAUGGACUCCUCUUCUCGCUCCUGGGGAGUUUCGUCUUCUGGGUGAGUGUGGCACCGGGUCCUGGGCGGGUGAUGUCUGUAGUUGGCGAGCGAUCCUCAGCCAGAAAACUGGCUGCGCACACAGGCGCAGACACGCGAACAUGUUCCUGCGAACGAGCUUGGGCGCAUGUUUUCCUCCCUUGCUUUCUUUAAUGCUGAGAGACCAUAAGGGGAUUUAUCGAGAAGCAUUCGGUGCCCAUGCCCGGUUUGGAACCGCGAGCACAAUAUCUGGUUCCUUUGCAGUACGGUGGUUUGCUCUUGAGUUACGACCAGAAACCGGAACAGAAGGAAAGGGAGAAAGCAGGGGAGGUUCGGGGACGACGGCGCUCCGGGCAGCAAGGCAGCAGCUUCCAAAGCGUGGAGGAUGGGACUGAGGAGGAGCAGAAUACGGAGAAAGAGGGAAGCUGAGGAAAAAUACUCACGCCAAUGGGUAAAAGGGAAAAGGAAGAUGAUCCCUAUGAUCUUGAAGAUGUUUCUGCACAGAAAUGAGGGAAAUAUAAAGAACCAAAUACAGUUCUGAAAUUUGGGAUCUGUAUUUUGAGAUGAUUUUAUUUUCAGAAUGAGAAGCAUAUCUGGUUACCUUUAUGAAUGUAGAGACAUGAGAAGAGAGUUAUGAUGGCAAAAAACAAAGAGCCUCGUCCCCCAUCCUAUACCAUCAGUGUAGUUGGACUCUCUGGGACCGAAAAAGACAAAGGUAACUGUGGAGUUGGAAAGUCUUGUUUGUGCAAUAGAUUUGUACGCUCAAAAGCAGAUGAAUAUUAUCCAGAGCAUACUUCUGUGCUUAGCACCAUUGACUUUGGAGGACGAGUAGUAAACAAUGAUCACUUUUUGUACUGGGGUGACAUAAUACAAAAUGGUGAAGAUGGAGUAGAAUGCAAAAUUCAUGUCAUUGAACAAACAGAGUUCAUUGAUGACCAGACUUUCUUGCCUCAUCGGAGUACGAAUUUGCAACCAUAUAUAAAACGUGCAGCUGCAUCUAAAUUGCAGUCAGCAGAAAAACUAAUGUACAUUUGCACUGAUCAGCUAGGCUUAGAACAAGACUUUGAACAGAAGCAAAUGCCUGAAGGGAAGCUCAACGUAGAUGGAUUUUUAUUAUGCAUUGAUGUAAGUCAGGGAUGCAACAGGAAGUUUGAUGAUCAACUUAAAUUUGUGAAUAACCUUUUUGUCCAGUUAUCAAAAUCAAAAAAACCUGUAAUAAUAGCAGCAACUAAAUGUGAUGAAUGCGUGGAUCAUUAUCUUAGAGAAGUUCAGGCAUUUGCUUCAAACAAAAAGAACCUUCUUGUAGUGGAAACAUCAGCACGAUUUAAUGUCAACAUUGAAACAUGUUUCACUGCACUGGUACAAAUGUUGGAUAAAACUCGUAGCAAGCCUAAAAUUAUUCCCUAUUUGGAUGCUUAUAAAACACAGAGACAACUUGUUGUCACAGCAACAGAUAAGUUUGAAAAACUUGUGCAGACUGUGAGAGAUUAUCAUGCAACUUGGAAAACCGUUAGUAAUAAAUUAAAAAAUCAUCCUGAUUAUGAAGAAUACAUCAACUUAGAGGGAACAAGAAAGGCCAGAAAUACAUUCUCAAAACAUAUAGAACAACUUAAACAGGAACAUAUAAGAAAAAGGAGAGAAGAGUAUAUAAAUACUUUACCAAGAGCUUUUAACACUCUUUUGCCAAAUCUAGAAGAGAUUGAACAUUUGAAUUGGUCAGAAGCUUUGAAGUUAAUGGAAAAGAGAGCAGAUUUCCAGUUAUGUUUUGUGGUGCUAGAAAAAACUCCUUGGGAUGAAACUGACCAUAUAGACAAAAUUAAUGAUAGGCGGAUUCCAUUUGACCUCCUGAGCACUUUAGAAGCUGAAAAAGUCUAUCAGAACCAUGUACAGCAUCUAAUAUCCGAGAAGAGGAGGGUAGAAAUGAAGGAAAAAUUCAAAAAGACUUUGGAAAAAAUUCAAUUCAUUUCACCAGGGCAGCCGUGGGAGGAAGUUAUGUGCUUUGUUAUGGAGGAUGAAGCCUUCAAAUAUAUCACUGAGGCUGAUAGCAAAGAGGUAUAUGGUAGGCAUCAGCGAGAAAUAGUUGAAAAAGCCAAAGAAGAGUUUCAAGAAAUGCUUUUUGAGCAUUCUGAACUUUUUUAUGAUUUAGAUCUUAAUGCAACACCUAGUUCAGAUAAAAUGAGUGAAAUUCAUACAGUUCUGAGUGAAGAACCUAGAUAUAAAGCUUUACAGAAACUUGCACCUGAUAGGGAAUCUCUUCUACUUAAGCAUAUAGGAUUUGUUUAUCAUCCCACUAAAGAAACAUGUCUUAGUGGCCAAAAUUGUACAGACAUUAAAGUGGAGCAGUUACUUGCUAGUAGUCUUUUACAGUUGGAUCAUGGCCGCUUAAGAUUAUAUCACGAUAGUACCAAUAUAGAUAAAGUUAACCUUUUUAUUUUAGGGAAGGAUGGCCUUGCCCAAGAACUAGCAAAUGAAAUAAGGACACAAUCCACUGAUGAUGAGUAUGCCUUAGAUGGAAAAAUUUAUGAACUUGAUCUUCGGCCGGUUGAUGCCAAAUCGCCUUACUUUUUGAGUCAGUUAUGGACUGCCGCCUUUAAACCACAUGGGUGCUUCUGUGUAUUUAAUUCCAUUGAGUCAUUGAGUUUUAUUGGGGAAUUUAUUGGGAAAAUAAGAACUGAAGCUUCUCAGAUCAGAAAAGAUAAAUACAUGGCUAAUCUUCCAUUUACAUUAAUUCUGGCUAAUCAGAGAGAUUCCAUUAGUAAGAAUCUACCAAUUCUCAGGCACCAAGGGCAGCAGUUGGCAAACAAGUUACAAUGUCCUUUUGUAGAUGUACCUGCUGGUACAUAUCCUCGUAAAUUUAAUGAAACCCAAAUAAAGCAAGCUCUCAGAGGAGUAUUGGAAUCAGUUAAACACAAUUUAGAUGUGGUGAGCCCAGUUCCUGCCAAUAAGGACAUAUCAGAAGCUGACCUGAGAAUUGUCAUGUGCGCCAUGUGUGGAGAUCCAUUUAGUGUGGAUCUUAUUCUUUCACCCUUCCUUGAUUCUCAUUCUUGCAGUGCUGCUCAAGCUGGACAGAAUAAUUCCCUAAUGCUUGAUAAAAUCAUUGGUGAAAAAAGGAGGCGAAUACAGAUCACAAUAUUAUCAUACCACUCUUCAAUUGGAGUAAGAAAAGAUGAACUAGUUCAUGGGUAUAUAUUAGUUUACUCUGCAAAACGGAAAGCAUCAAUGGGAAUGCUUCGAGCAUUUCUAUCAGAAGUUCAAGACACCAUUCCUGUACAGCUGGUGGCAGUUACUGACAGCCAAGCAGAUUUUUUUGAAAAUGAGGCUAUCAAAGAGUUAAUGACUGAAGGAGAACACAUUGCAACUGAGAUCACUGCUAAAUUUACAGCAUUGUAUUCUUUAUCUCAGUAUCAUCGGCAAACUGAGGUGUUCACUCUGUUUUUUAGUGAUGUUCUAGAGAAAAAAAAUAUGAUAGAAAAUUCUUAUUUGUCUGAUAAUACAAGGGAAUCAACCCAUCAAAGUGAAGAUGUUUUUCUACCAUCUCCCAGAGACUGUUUUCCCUAUAAUAACUACCCUGAUUCAGAUGAUGACACAGAAGCACCACCUCCUUACAGUCCAAUUGGGGAUGAUGUACAGUUGCUUCCAACACCUAGUGACCGUUCCAGAUAUAGAUUAGAUUUGGAAGGAAAUGAAUAUCCUAUUCAUAGUACCCCAAACUGUCAUGACCAUGAACGCAACCAUAAAGUGCCUCCACCUAUUAAACCUAAACCAGUUGUACCUAAGACAAAUGUGAAAAAACUGGAUCCAAACCUUUUAAAAACAAUUGAAGCUGGUAUUGGUAAAAAUCCAAGAAAGCAGACUUCCCGGGUGCCUUUGGCACAUCCUGAAGAUAUGGAUCCUUCAGAUAGCUAUGUGGAACCCACUGAUACAAUUUUCAAACAGAAGGGCUAUUCUGAUGAGAUUUAUGUUGUCCCAGAUGAUAGUCAAAAUCGCAUUAAAAUUCGAAACUCAUUUGUAAAUAAUACCCAAGGAGAUGAAGAAAAUGGAUUUUCUGAUAGAACCUCAAAAAGUCAUGGGGAACGGAGGCCUUCAAAAUACAAAUAUAAAUCUAAAACCUUGUUUAGUAAAGCCAAGUCAUACUAUAGAAGAACACAUUCAGAUGCCAGUGAUGAUGAGGCUUUCACCACUUCUAAAACAAAAAGAAAAGGAAGACAUCGUGGAAGUGAAGAAGAUCCACUUCUUUCUCCUGUUGAAACUUGGAAAGGUGGUAUUGAUAAUCCUGCAAUCACUUCUGACCAGGAGUUAGAUGAUAAGAAGAUGAAGAAGAAAACCCACAAAGUGAAAGAAGAUAAAAAGCAGAAAAAGAAAACUAAGAACUUCAAUCCACCAACACGUAGAAAUUGGGAAAGUAAUUACUUUGGGAUGCCCCUCCAGGAUCUGGUUACAGCUGAGAAGCCCAUACCACUAUUUGUUGAGAAAUGUGUGGAAUUUAUUGAAGAUACAGGGUUAUGUACCGAAGGACUCUACCGUGUCAGCGGGAACAAAACUGACCAAGACAAUAUUCAAAAGCAGUUUGAUCAAGAUCAUAAUAUCAAUCUAGUGUCAAUGGAAGUAACAGUAAAUGCUGUAGCUGGAGCCCUUAAAGCUUUCUUUGCAGAUCUGCCAGAUCCUUUAAUUCCAUAUUCUCUUCAUCCGGAACUAUUGGAAGCAGCAAAAAUCUCGGAUAAAACAGAACGUCUUCAUGCCUUGAAAGAAAUUGUUAAGAAAUUUCAUCCUGUAAACUAUGAUGUGUUCAGAUACGUGAUAACACAUCUAAACAGGGUUAGUCAGCAAAAUAAAAUCAACCUAAUGACAGCAGACAACUUAUCCAUCUGUUUUUGGCCAACCUUGAUGAGACCUGAUUUUGAAAAUCGAGAGUUUCUGUCUACUACUAAGAUUCAUCAAUCUGUUGUUGAAACAUUCAUUCAGCAGUGUCAGUUUUUCUUUUACAAUGGAGAAAUUGUAGAAACGACAAACAUUGUGGCUCCUCCACCACCUUCAAACCCAGGACAGUUGGUGGAACCAAUGGUACCACUUCAGUUGCCGCCACCAUUGCAACCUCAGCUGAUACAACCACAAUUACAAACGGAUCCUCUUGGUAUUAUAUGAGUAGGAAGUGAUUGCAAACAGGCUGGAUUUGGACAAAAAGCAAAUCUAGACAUGCAUGUUUCAGGGUUCAGUAGUAUACUUCAUGUUUCAUACAGAUAAUUCACAUUCAAAAUUACAUUUUCUCUUUGAACUAGAUGGUAUUCCUUAUUCACUUACAUUACAAAUCUAAGACCAUGUGAUAAGCAUGACUGGAGAGGUUUAAUUUUUAUAAACAAAAAUAGCUAUAAAGUACAAAGCUGCUGCUGCAUGCAACCUUAUUGCAAUCAGUAUAUCAUUCCUGUGGCAAUUUCUGUCACAUUAUAUUGUGAAUAAAAUUUUUCUAUAGAAAUUAAAUGAUUUAAAAACUCACCUAUAUGAAACAUUUAAUGCUUUUCAGCCUGCUUUCUGGCUGAUUUUGUUAUUUGAUUGCUAAUUUGGGCAACUUAAUUUACAUUCUGGCAGUCAGUGUAGAUAACUAAAAGCCCAGUUAAGUAUUUUAUUCAGGCUACUGAGGCCAUGCUUGGGAUGUUGUUUGAAAGAAAGAAAAAAUACACUUGACAUAUUUCACAUUUCUGUACCUUCAUCUUUACUUCCAAGUAAACCUGUGGAUGAUUUGAUGAGGGAUAAAUGAACCUAUUUCUUUUACACACAUACCAAGGACAUGCUUGUGGCUAAAGUGAGUUGAUAAUGUUGUGCAAAGGAUAGUUGUCACCAACUCAUUUCUUUAUGGUCCAUAAUGAAAUAAAAAUUUUGUAUACUGUUAAUUCUGUAAACAGAUGCAUGUUCAAAAGAUCUAUGAUGGUCUUGUAAUCUUAAUCUAAUAUAUUUUAGAUAUUUUAAUUUUUUCCCUCUUGGGGAACACAUUUAGUAUAGUGUAGAGAAUACUUCAUGACAUUUUCAUAUAAGGUUAUAUAACUUUUCAUACAUAAACAUGAAAUUUGUUGUAGAAAAUUCUUUAAACCAAACAUUUAAUUCUAGGACUUCAAUUUAAUUUGUUCCUUGAAUCUAUUUUUAUGUGGCCCUUAAAAAAUAUCCAAAAAACCCAUUGCUAAUAUAGCAAUAAAAAUACUUUGGGUACUGACAGACUCUUUGGAGUGUUUAUAUUACAAAUUUGUAUUCAUGUUCUUUUCUGUGAUGUGUUGUACUAAAAUCCAAAAUGGCUUUUGCACCAUUUUUAAGCCAAUUUUUUCCUUUGAUGUUGGUACCAGAAUUACUAUAAAUGACUGCUGCUUUUGGGGGUAAACAUUUUGUUAGUGAAGAUAAAACCAGAACACUAAAUUAUGGAUAAAAUUUUCAGAAUAGGUGGCACAGAUAAAUUUCACUAGGUUAUAUUUUGUGUAGUAAAAAAAAAAAAAUUCUUUGGUCAAUGUUAUCUUAAUUCAUACUACAAUUUUAAGAUUAUCUUAUAUGUAUUAUAGUAAAUAGAUGAUUUUCAGAUUCAAGGCUCCUAAGAGUUUGAUUUGCUCUGUUUUUUCCUAAAAUAAAUAUUGUCUGUCCCAGCUGUUAAGUUCUAGGUAUUGUACUUCCAAUUUUAACUUCAGAACCAAGAUGUUGGCAUGAACCAGGCUGCUGUUGAAGUACAUGUAUAUUAUAAAUUAUCUUAUUUGUGUUAUAUUCUUACAUGUUAUCUUUUCUAAGAAAACAAAGUCCCUAUUAUUCCUAUUGCAAAGCACACAGGAAUUAAGAAAGUACAGUAAUUUUUAAAAAAAAAAAUCCGGUAAAUGUAGUAUUCUUAACCUGUUCUAUAUUACUUAUACCUAUUGUCUAUAUAGCUUUAAUUUAUAGUUGUCAGUUUAACUAUUGGCAUGUCUGGCAAAGAAAAAUUAAACUUUAAGAGUUUUAUAAACUGUUUCUAGGUUGCUAAAGAAUUUAUUUUUCUACUAUAUAUGGUAUAGACAAAGCAUCAAACUAUGUACAGGAAAAAAGCCUGACUAUUUCUAUUGGAAGUAGGCUGAAAAGAGAAUUUUCAAAACUGUUCGUGUCUUCAGUUCAUUCUGUCAUAACUUUGCUAUUGUAAUAUGUGAAUACCAGUUUAUUUAAGCUAUUCUCUUUUAUACUGUAUUAAUUUAAUGUUCAUCUGCAUUUAGUACCAUUUUUGUUAUUAAAACUGGCAUUUACCAUUUUUCACAUUAACCCACCUUGCACCUUCCCCCAAACUUAUCUCCACUUUUCUAUGCAUUCUAUCAUUGAUUUGACACACUUCGUAGUGAGUCAUUUAAAUACUCUACAUUUGGUUCAAUUAACCAGUAGGUUACAGUUACUGAAAAUUAAAGUACAGUUUAAAGCUCAGUCUGUUACACUGAAUUGAUUGUGUUUGUUUUUGCCAAGGGUUUAGAUAUGUUUUUAAAUAUUAGAAACAUCUAAGAACAGAAUAACAUAAUUAAACUUUUUUCUGGUAAGUUACUGGAAGGUUUCACUGUUUAGGGACCUAUCAUAUGAGACUUCUUAAAGGAUUAAAAGAAUAGGAGGAUAGUCUCAUAAUUGUGAGUAAACAUCAAGGCAUUAUAUUUUACAAUACUAAAUAAAAUUUCAUCUACACACAUGUUGCCAUUGUUUCAUUUAAGGUUCAGUGCUUAUAGUUAACUACAAUAUUGGACCUAACAGGAUCUAGAUUAGGAAUAUGAAGAAGCAUAGUGGUACUCUGUUUCACACUUUCAGUAGAUUUAUUAGAAGUCAAAUUCUAUUCAACAGACACUUAUUAGGAUAUACAACUAAUUUAAGAAUAAAAUUCCAGGCACAAUAUAUUUUUUUUAAAUGGUAUUUGUUAGUAGUGCUUCUUCCCUUUAACAUUUACAGUGUAAAUACUGCAGGUAACCGCAAUCUAAGUUAGCCAAAAAGCAGCUUUUUUUCCCAUACUGUAUGUAAAUAAUGUAGACCUGGGUUUUUUUGUUUGUUUGGGUUUUUUUUUUUUUUUUUUUUUUUGAGGUACUGGAAUCUAAUUAAUAUCUCUUAGGUAUAAAAAGGGAACAAUUGGAAUGAGAAUUUAGGCCUUAGCUUCCAUGGUGAUUUUUAGUUUUUUAUACAAUAAUAAUUGUGAUGCUAUUUGUCAACUGGAUAUAAAUAUAUAUAUAAUUUUAAAAAGUCAAAAGUGCUUUUGUUUCUUUGUUUAAUGUAAUUUUUGUGCUUCACCCACAGGAUGCUGCAGUAAAUUAAAUAUCAGUGAAGCUUCCGAUGUAUAAAGAAUGCUAUGAAUAAAACAUUAAGAAGCUGUGUAAUUUUAA